GCCUUUUCACAAAUUUAAGAACACUUCAUUAAAGGAAAAAGAAAACCCCUAUCUGUACAUGAAGGAGUCCACCUACUGGACAGAACUGUUAACUGGUAUGGAAAAAAAUAUCACAAGCAGGUGUUUCAUACUCUAGGCAGAAAUUUUCUUGGCAACAUGAAAAUAUAAUUGGCUUUUUAAAAAACAAUUAGCAGAGGGCUGCGGCUGCCAGGACCAAACGGGCGGCAUGCGGGAGGCGUGGACUGUGGAGAAGGGGCUUGCGCCUGGCAGCACGUGUUCCUAGUCCCAAAGUAUUUAAAAGAUGCUUCUAAGAAGAUGAAAAGUGGGCUUAUGUUUGUAAAACUGGUUAACCCAUGUUCAGGGGAAGGAGCCAUUUACUUGUUCAAUAUGUGUCUACCACAGCUGUUUGAAAUAAAAGUUUUCAAGGAAAAAAACCAUUCUUGGUUUAUAAAUGAAUCAGUUCAAUCAGGAGUUCUUCUUCACUUUGCCACACCCAUGGACCCUCUGUUUCUGCUUCUCCACCACCUUAUAAAUGCUGAUAGAGAGGGAAAGUUUCAGCCCGUGGAUCAAGUUGUGAUGGAUGACAUGUUUCCGAAUUGCAUCUUGUUGCUGAAACUUCCUGAACUUGAGAAGUUACUUCGACAUGUGACAGAGGAGAAAGAAAUAGACAAGAAGAAAUAUUACAAGUACAGCAAAGAGAAGACAUUAAAAUGGCUGGAAAAAAAGGUUAAUCAGACUAUGGCAGCAUUAAAAACCAAUAAUGUAAAUGUCAGUGCCCAGGUACAGUCUGCUGCAUUUUUCUCUGGUGACCCGGUUUCCAGUGACAAGGAAGAGGAUUAUAUUCGUUAUGCCCAUGGUCUGAUGUCUGAUUACAUCCCUAAAGAAUUAGGUGACUUAUCUAAAUAUUUAAAGCUUCCAGAACCUCCAGCUUCAGUGCCAAACCCUCCAUCAAAGAAAGUAAAGUUAUCAGAUGAGCCCGUAGAAGCAAAAGAAGAUUACACUAAGUUUAACACUAAAGAUUUGAAGACUGUAAAGAAAAAUAGCAAAAUGACUGCAGCUCAGAAGGCUCUGGCUAAAGUUGACAAGAGUGGAAUGAAAAGUAUUGAUUCCUUUUUUGGUGCAAAACAUGUUAAAAAAAUUGGAAAGAUUUGAAACAUUGAAAAUUAAAUCGAGCAAAAGUAUUUGCCUUCUACAUGUCCCAUUUUCAUCCUUCCUCCAUUCCAAUGUACUUCCUAACCCUUA